CGCCCUCCCGGUAGCCCCGCCCUCCUGUUUGCCGCGUUGUGGUGAAGAAGAAGCUCGUGUUUCGCCUCGCGCCAUUUUCUACCGACGACGACGCCUGCAGCUUCAUCUUCUACAUCAGCGCGGAAUCCUCUUUGAAUUGCAACCAAUUCGAUUGAGUCAUGCACCGGGAUUGUCCUCUAGACUGCAAGGUCUAUGUUGGAAACUUGGGCAACAAUGGAAAUAAAACUGAGUUGGAGAGAUCAUUUGGUUACUAUGGGCCGCUCCGCAGUGUCUGGGUGGCCAGGAAUCCCCCGGGUUUUGCUUUUGUGGAAUUUGAAGACCCCAGAGAUGCAACUGAUGCUGUGCGAGAGCUUGAUGGGAGAACAUUGUGUGGGUGUCGUGUGCGAGUAGAGCUGUCCAAUGGUGAGAAACGUAGCCGGAAUCGUGGCCCUCCCCCUAAUUGGAGCAGGCGGCCCAGAGAUGAAUUCAGGCGUCGUAGCCCUCCACCCAGACGAAGAUCUCCACGCAGGAGGAGCUUCAGCCGCAGUCGAAGCAGGUCCUACUCGAGAGACAGGAGGAGGGAGAGGUCCCUCUCCCGGGACAGGAACCACAAACCUUCAAGAUCCUUUUCUAGAUCAAGGAGCCGCUCCAGGUCUAAUGACAGGAAGUAAAGGAAUGGCUGUCUAUCGGGCGUUAACGAAGCCUGAAGAUGAACGGUUGUACCGGCUUGGCCGCUUCAUGUGAUGGACUUCAACAAGACUCUGGUUGCUUUUUGUUUAAAAAAAAAAAAUAAUAAUAAAUCAUCCCCUUUUUUU